CACACGAUAUUUUCUCUCGAGAUGAGCCGUUUACUCUACUUUUCGUUCCUUUUGUCAUCACCUGGCGUAACAAUAAUUUUGGCAAUCCCAAACGAUGAUGGCACUGUGUUCCUGAAAAACAACAAUGUCACCUGUAGCCAAAAUCCAGAGGAAGACAUGACAGCGAUCGAAAUAAUAAGGAACUCGGGCUACCCGGAAGCCGAGGAGCAUCUCGUAGAGUCGCGAGACGGCUACAUCCUCGGUUUGCACAGAGGCCCCGGCCCCGAGGGGUCCCGCGCCUGGCUAACCCUCGGGAAAAACAAGGCCUUGGCUUACGAGCUCGCGAACAGCGGCUACGACGUGUGGAUGGGAAAUGCGCGCGGCAAUGUUUACUCGCGACGACACAGCAGCCUCUCGCCGGACGACUCUGCCUUUUGGAAUUUCAGUUUCCACGAGAUGGGAGUCUACGACCUACCCGCGGAGAUCGAGUACAUAGCGUCGCUGAAAAACGAUUCUCUGGUCUACAUCGGUCACUCGAUGGGCACGACGAUAUUCUUCGUAAUGGCGAGCGAGCGACCGGAAAUACUCUCCCAAGUCGAGUUGAUGAUCGGCCUCGGUCCGGCAGUUUAUUUCAACCACAUCAGAGGAUUGACUCGGAUGAUGUAUCCGUUUUUGGAGUCUUUGCAAAUGCACACGGACGGACACGUGGAGCUCCCGUUUCUUCCAGCUUUCAAUUAUGUAUCGAAAUGCUUCUGCAACCGAUCUCCGUACAGAGAAAUUUGCAGGGACCUGGUUUUCUCGAUCACCGGUUUCAACCCCGACAAGUUUGACAUGAAAUCGCCGGCUGGCACUUCUCUGAAGGUGGUCUUUCAUUACGGACAAGCUUACAACACAAAAAAAUUCCUCAAGUACGAUUACGGCAUGACAAAAAACAUUGAAGUUUACAACAGUUCGAUCCCACCUGAAUACGAUCUGUCGAAAGUCACGGUGCCGGUCGCCUUUCUUUACGGUCUGAAUGACUUUGUCACUCCACCGGAGGAUGUAGUACGAUUGUGGAGAGAUAUGCCGAAGAAAAUCGGCUUGUUUCAGAUGGAGGAUCCGAAAUUCACUCACACGGACUUCGUCUGGGCCUCUCAUGCGCCAAAACUCGUCAACUCGAAGAUUAUACUUCUUUUGAACAAACAUGACAAUCGUCACUCUCCCACGGUCUAAUGUUAACCGACAAGGAAGU